ACUCAGCAAUCAGCUGUUGCCUAUAACGUGUAGUACAAACAGCAUUCCCGCAUUUUGUAAGCGAUGCAAAUUUGAAACUAAUUAUUAAUAAAUAAAUAAUGGAAUAUGGCUCAAGAGCAAAGUGACUUACUGUGCCGCGUGUGCCUAAAGCAAGACGAGCUCAUGGUUGAUGUCUAUGAGCAUGUGGAGGAACAGCAAACCGAUUUAUGCACGCUACUUGAACGUUGUGGCGACAUUAAAGUUGACAAGACGGACGCGUUUCCUAAGUAUUUGUGCCAAGAGUGUACAAAGGAGCUGCUAAUCGCAGCCAAGUUUCGUGACAAAUGCGCUGCAACGGAACAAUUGCUGCGCCACAGUGAAGCAGAAGCUUCUUGCAGCAUUGAUGCAACAAGUGAUUUGAUUGACAAGGAGUCGGUAAAGCAUAAUUCUGAGGAUGAUAUGAAUGAUAUCAUAGAAUAUGAUCCAAGUCAGCAUGUGGAGCUAUAUGAAGAGUGCGAAACCCACGCGAAAGAACAGAAAAUUCUUGCAACAGUGCAGCAAAGAAUUGCUGUUGCCAUUUUUAACUGUGAUGACUGCGGUGCAGUCUUUCAGCAGGCUGCAACGCUGCAGCGCCACUUAGAUAAAGCCCAUCCUACCGUCGAAACCUGCAGUUGUCAGCAUUGCGGACACAGUUUUACCCAGAGCAUAAAUCUGCAGCGACAUAGCUGUAAUGUCAUAAGUAACGAAGAGCCUCAAGUGACCCAUCAUCGUUGUAUCUACUGUAGCAAGAGCCUGCAAUCUGCUGCCAGCCUGGCAAUGCACAUACGCCUCCACAACGGAGAGCGACCCUUUGCCUGUGACGUUUGCCCAAAGACCUUCAAAACAAAUGGAGCGCUUGUCAGCCAUCAGAAGCGACACCUCAAACUGGUGGAAUACAAGUGUGAAUACUGUGGCAAGGGUUUCGUCGAGUCCAGCAAUCUACGCCGCCACAUCAUUGCGCUGCACACCUCCGAACGUCCACACACCUGCACCCUCUGCCAGCGCAGUUUCUCGCGCGUCUAUCUGCUGGAGCUGCACAAGCGCACGCACACUGGAGAACGUCCUUAUGCCUGCAGUCAUUGCGAUCGCAGCUUUGCUCAGUUGAGUGUGUUGCGCACCCAUGAACGCAUUCAUACGGGGGAGCGGCGACAUCGUUGCGCUCUUUGUCAGAAAACCUUUAGUCGCUUGAUGCAGUUGAAGAAGCACGAGCUGAAGCCGUGUAUUGUGGACUCCGAGGUGACGAUACGCGGCGAUGAGGAAGUCUCUUAGUUGUAGUAUAGUAAAUUAUUGCCGAAAACAUCUACUGUUAACGCUUGAACGAGUCCAGUGAAUAUGCUGACGGCUUUAUUGAGUAAGUGCUUUCUGUCCAUUUUUUUUAAGCUUAUUUGCCCCUUCAUUAGUUGCCUGCUGGCAAAGCUCUCUAUUAUUACGUUCUUCGAUACUUUUGCAGAACUAAUUUGAAUAGUUUGAAUGA